GUCAAAACGUUUUUGACGCAGCCCAUCUACUUCUCUUUGAAUCUCUUUUUCUGAAGAACAUACGAGAUUCUCCUCCUCUCCAAUCGGAUCGGAUCACAUCAGAUCAGAGAGAAACAGUAAAUCCUCCCGUAGAUAGGUAGGGUUUAGGGUUCCACUUCUGCAGGCGCCGGCCAUUGCAUUUUGCGCAGGCAGUGGACUGAUAUGGACCUUGCUGUUAUUGACAAGAUCAUCGAGCGCCUUAUAGAGGUCCGAUCAGCCAAGCCAGGAAAGCUUGUGCAGGUUACGGAAUCGGAGAUCAAGCAACUUUGCCUUGCUUCCAAAGAAAUCUUCACCUCGCAGCCUAAUCUCCUUGAGCUUGAAGCACCAAUCAAAAUAUGUGGUGACAUUCAUGGACAGUACAGUGAUUUAUUGAGGCUGUUUGAGUAUGGUGGGUUUCCUCCACAAGCCAAUUAUCUAUUUCUCGGUGACUAUGUUGAUCGUGGAAAGCAGAGUCUGGAAACUAUAUGCCUCUUGCUUGCCUUCAAAAUCAAAUACCCUGAGAACUUUUUCCUCCUUAGGGGCAACCAUGAAUGUGCUUCUAUUAAUCGUAUCUAUGGUUUUUUUGACGAGUGCAAGCGCCGGUUUAAUGUGAAGAUAUGGAAAUCCUUUACUGAGUGUUUCAAUUAUCUUCCUGUGGCUGCUCUUAUUGAUGACCGGAUAUUGUGCAUGCAUGGUGGGCUUUCUCCUGAUCUCACUAACCUGGAUCAGAUUCGAAACUUACCUCGCCCAACUGUUAUUCCAGAUACUGGUUUACUAUGUGAUUUACUUUGGUCUGAUCCCAGUAGAGAAGUCAAGGGAUGGGGAAUGAACGAUAGAGGUGUUUCAUUCACGUUUGGCCCCGAUAAAGUGUCUGAAUUCUUGGCAAAGCAUGAUUUAGACCUUGUUUGUCGUGCUCAUCAGGUGGUUGAGGAUGGCUAUGAAUUUUUUGCGGAUAGGCAGCUUGUAACGAUAUUUUCAGCUCCCAAUUAUUGUGGUGAAUUUGACAAUGCUGGCGCUUUGAUGAGUGUAGAUGAAAACUUGAUGUGUUCAUUCCAAAUCCUUAAACCGGCUGAGAGAAAAGCUAAAUUCAUCAUGCCCACCAAAAUAUGAUUGAAGUAACUUUAACUUCCUAUCCAGGAGGACAGGCAGAUAACCAUGAAUGGAAUUUGCUGUUCUAACAGUUAUACUCGCAAGAGACGAGUAUAUUGCUGGAAAAGGAGUAUAACUAUAUUUUAGGCAUCUCUUCCAUUAUUCUACACCCUAGUUUCCUUGUUUAGUUCCCUUCUUUUUUUUUCUUUCCUUUUUUUGUUUCCUUCGGUUUGUUUGGUGUCAAAAUCAGACAUUUGUAUAUAUAUGGUUAGUAAGAAAAUGUGUCCUGAAUUCUGAAUAAUUGGAUCAUUCUUACUUAUUUUUACCUUCCUAGUUUUUGUUUC